AUGGAGCCUGAGCGUCAUAAUGAGAGCUCAGCCUUCUCGUGGCUGAGACGAAAUACCCAACACUCAGCACUCAAAGGAAGAGAGGCUGAAUUUGGCCGCAGUUUCAGUCCAAGCGAGGCUGGCUCUAAGGCAGAGGCAUCGUGGCAGAAGACAGGUGGAUCCUGGCAGCGAAGAAGCAGAGAAAGAGGAGGAAAAGCUGAGCAUCAACCAAAAGAACCUUCCUCUGUUAAGACAGACAAACUGAAACCGAGUUCAAAAGGGACAGCAGAAGUUACACAAUCAGGAAAGAAGAAAAUUGAAAAAAUUGAAAAACUUGAAAAACAUGAAAAAAUUGAAAAAGUUCCAACAAGAAAAGAAAGACUUCAUUUGCAUAAUGUGACAAAAGCAGAAAAACCUGAAAAAGUAUCAAGAGAAGAUUUUGAAGAUGUGCCAGCUUCAAAGAAAGCUAAAGAAGAAACUGAAGAUGUGCCUUCCCCAAAGAAGCAAAAAAUUACAGGAGGAGAGGUUUACUGGGCUGACAUUCAGAAGUUCCAGUCCUGCUCACCGGACUCCCACACAGAAACGGCAUGGAGCGAGGGUCUGAGGGGAGGAAAGCUGCCUCCCCACACCCCCGUUACCUUGCAUAUGACAAGGUGUGUUCCGACAUGCACCAGCUCUAUGAUGGCCGUGCACACCAUAGAUUUUAUGCACGGAGCAGCUGGGUACUCUCCACUCUCCACGAGGACAUUUGUAUUCUCGCUUACUAAGGGCUUACAGUAUUCCGGGAAGGCUUCUAAGCACUCCACCUACGCUGACUCUAAUUUUCACAUCUGUGAAGUUUGCCAUGUCUUGUCCGUACGCACGGAGAGUCCAAGGCUCAGAGAGGUGUAGUAACGUGCCAGGAGCUGUCACCACCCUGUCUCACUGGGUUCUAAACCCGCUCCUGCUCAUAUUUUGCAUGCGUUAACAUCCGUCAUGCCCUCUG